CUACACAGCACUGCAUGCGUCGUGUUGAAACGCCUCACUUCGGAUGGCGAGCGCGCGUUGGUGCUAACAUGCGCCCCGGGGUUCAUCGAUCCUCUCCCCCCCGUCCACAAUGCCGUGGCCAGUGGCUCCAGACUGUUACGCUAGGCGUGGCGACCUCGACCCACAGCGCCCGCUGGCCGCCACUCCCUCGGGAGCGCCGCCGCGCCGUGGCGGCCAUAUGAGCGCACUCGUGCGGCCCGGUCGCGGCAGCGUGCCCGCCACCAAUUCGCUGCUCGGGGACGCCCUGAAGGGCCUGUGCGAGGGCGCGAUCAACCCUGAGGUGCUGGCGCACGCAAAGAUGCGCAACUUGCUCUUUUUCUCCGACGAGGGUUGUUCCUACGGUGAGGUGACCACGAGCGGCAAACGUAACCGCCCGAUGUCUUUCUUGCUGCAUUCCUUCCCUCCUCCCCGAAAUCUGGCUUGGCAAACAGUUGUUGGGGUCGGCGAUCGAGUUGUUUGCCUAGCUUUGCUGACGAUGGUUGUGUGCUUAUUUCUCCUUGCGGAUAUCGCCCCGUGGGCUACCCUACACAACAAAAAAUCCUGUUAUGCGAGUCUGUCCACUUCCGCUUCAAAUCGUCUUGCGCAGUACUAGUGCUAGUAGUAGUAGUAGUAGUAGUAGUAGUAGUAGUAG